CACCAACACAAUCACAUUUGACGCCACCUACAGCCAACAACAAUAGUAAUGACAACAAUAAUAUGCUCUUAUUCGAAAACAUUAUGACUCAGCUACCCCCUGCUGAUAACAACGCUCUUUAUGUCGCCAAUACAUCUAUGCCUCCCCCACCUCCAACAGCUACACUGCAUAACAAGUUGCUAGGCAAUAUGACAACACAAUCACUUCAAUUUAACCAUCAAGGGUUUACGCCACCUAUAUCAGCAUCUACAAGUGCUGUCAUGCCAACUAAUAUAGAAGACAACAGUCAUUUAUUAAACCAACCCAACGCCAACUAUUCAUUAAGCGAGCCCAGUUCCCCACAUGAUAAAUCAUAUAGAAAGUCUUCCAACAGUCAAUCAGAAAACAAACCUGUGUGUACAAACUGCGGAGCUACAUCUACCCCACUCUGGAGAAGAUCAGCAGAAGAUGAAUUGCUGUGCAAUGCCUGUGGGUUAUACCAAAAAUUACACAAUGCGCCUAGACCUAAAACAUUGAAACCACACAAUGCGAGAAAGGAAUCAAAGGAUGAUGAAGGAUCACAAUUGGUAUGCUCUAAUUGUUCUACGACAACGACACCAUUAUGGAGAAGGGAUGACGAGGGCGCACCUUUAUGUAAUGCAUGUGGUCUAUAUCUGAAAUUACAUCACGAACGUCGUCCGCUUUCAAUGAAGACAGAUAUCAUCAAAAAGAGACAACGAUAUGAAAGUAGUCAUAACAACAGCAACCAUACUAGAAAAAGUCAUAAAAAAUCUAAAGAAGCACAACAGCAGCAACAACAACAAGAACCAUCGCCGCCACAAAUACAACAACAACAACAAAACCAGGGAUCAUUUAUGUUUAUUGAUAGUGUAUUCCCAGUCACGGGCGCUACCAGCACAGUGAUAGCACCAAGUGCGAUGGUUGAGGACGUAUUAUCAAAUUACUGUUAA